GAGUAUAUAAACCGGCGAGUUCGCUCACUAAAAGCACAUUCACGGUAGCAUUCACAAGCCAAUUCAACCAUGAAAGCCGCUCUACUUAUCCUUUGUCUGGCCGUCUUCAUGGCGCUCUAUGCCGCUGACUACGUGUGCGAACGCGAUGGCAACAAUCAACCCGAUUGCAGCAACUCCAGCAACGUGGAAGUCCCAAUCCGUAACUUCUGGGAUCCCACCCGCUACUGGUGGUGCAACUCCACUAGCUCAACUGCCUAUGGCAUUCAGUGUCAGCCGAAUGGUAACACCACCACGGGAUUCGAUUCGGCAUUGAAGAAGUGUGUUCCUUGGGACGAGUGGACUUGGACUCAACCUUGCGCCUAAGCUAAUAACAUUUUUGUAACACAAUAAAAAUGAAUGGCAUUUAAAUA